AUGGGCCGUGCGCCAGCGAACGGUAAGCGCUCACCGCCGCCGCCUCCUCCUCCAGGACGUUGCCACUUUUGGCUCCCCAACAAGCGCCGCCACUGCGCCAAUUCCUCCCUCCCGUCCUCUCAGUACUGCGGAAACCACCUUCCCGAGUCCGCCUCCGGAGCCGGUCGUCGCGUUCCCUGCCCCGUCGACCCCUCCCACACGGUGCUCGAGGAGAACCUGGAGGCGCACGUCGGCAAGUGCCCCCUGAAGAAGCAGGUCGCCGCGCUCACCGCGCAGCCGUACUACUCCAAGGGCAUCAACUCCGGCGCGGGUGAGGCGGGCUGCGGUGUGACGUCGACGGAGAAGCGUGCGGCCGUGUACAGGCUUACCGAGGAGGAGUUCCGGUGUCUGCUCGGGAAGAUCCGGUCGGUUCACGCGGCGGCCGCCGUGGCAAUACGGGAGUCCUACCUGAUCACCGGUGCUUGCGAUAAGUGGAUGAGCGGCCAGGUCGAUAGGAAGGUGCCAUACCAAGAGAAGCAUGUCGUGCAGCAGGCGUCCAUUGUUGGAAACAUGGAAGCAUUUGGCCUGUUGCGGAAGGGUAGCAAUGAGGUGGUUGAUGGCGAGAAUGCGUCCGCGAGUGCUCAGGCAGUUGUGGAGUUUGGAGCUGGAAGAGGGUACUUGACUCAGGUGCUGGUGGACUGUUAUGGGAUUAGGAAUGUGUUCUUGGUUGAGAGGCGGUCCUACAAGCUUAAGGCUGAUCGAAGCUUGCGUCAAAAUGAAGAUGUUACCUUGGAGCGUUUGAGAAUUGAUAUUGAGGAUUUGAAACUGCAUGGAAUAGAGGCAUUGAGGGGGCUCCAAUAUCUAGCAAUUGGAAAGCAUCUGUGUGGACCUGCCACAGAUAUGACCAUGAUGUGCUGUCUUCCUGAACGAUAUGACCAGACAGAAGAAAACGGCAAACAUAGUCUUCAAGGCCUUGCUCUAGCUACCUGCUGCCACCAUCUUUGCCAAUGGAAGCAUUACACAAAUAAAUCUUUCCUCUUGGGACUAGGUAUCACAGAGGAAGAAUUUCAUGCCAUGACAUGGUUUAGCAGCUGGGCUGUGGAUGGUGAUCAUAGCUACUCAGAUUCUCCUGUGAACGUUGAAGACACGUCCUCUGAAGUCAGGGAACCAGAGAAACCUGAUCAGGAGGACAUCAGAAUUGAGAGAAUAAUCCGAAGUAUACCAGCAGGAGAGAGGGCCUCUUUGGGAUCCAUGUGUAAAGAUAUCAUUGAUACGGGGCGGCUACUAUGGCUCGGACAGAAGGGUGUGGUUGCUCAUCUUGUAAGCUAUGUUCCAUCCAACAUUUCACCAGAAAAUCGCCUACUCAUCGCAAAAUGUACAUCUUGA